AUGAGGGAUGGGCAAGCUGGACUGGAAGCAAUCAGGUCCUUCAUCAAAGCCCGCAACACCUACGACGUCCUCCCCGUCAGCUUCCGUCUCAUCGUACUAGACACCGCACUCCUCGUCAAGAAAGCUCUCGCGAUUCUCAUGCAAAACAAUAUCGUGUCGGCGCCAUUAUGGGAUAGCAGCAAAUCCAAAUUCGCAGGGUUGUUAACCGCGUCGGAUUUUCUGAACGUGAUUCAGUAUUAUUAUCAGAAUACGUCUUAUCCGCAAGCACUUUCCGAGAUUGAAAGCUUCCGCCUAGACGGCUUACGCGACGUUGAGAAACGGAUAGGAGCACCAAGUCCUGAAACAUUGUCGGUGAAUCCGAUGAAGAGUUUGUACAAAGCAUGUCAAAUGAUGUCGAAAACUCACGCUAGAAGAAUCCCGCUCAUCGACUAUGAUGACGAGACGGGGAAAGAAACCGUGUUGUCGGUGUUGACACAGUAUCGAAUUUUGAAGUUUAUCGCGUUGAACUGCAAAGAAACGAGAAUGUUGGGAGGAACGUUGAAGGAACUGGGUAUUGGGCGGUAUCACGAUUUAGCGACGGCGACUAUGGAAACGCCUGUACAUGAUGUCAUUCAACAACUCGUUCGACGCGAAAUUGCUGCUCUGCCUAUCGUCGACACCGAAGGCCACGUUCUAAACGUCUACGAAGCCGUCGACGCCCUCGCCCUGAUCCGCGCCGGAGACUACCACGACCUCGAACUCUCCGUUGCAGAAGCCAUCGCGCGCCGAUCCGAAUGGGGGACCGAAUUCGCCGGUGUACACACUUGUACAGAGCAUGAUACGCUCGCGGCGAUAUUCGAGACGAUUCGGAGGCAGAGGUUGCAUCGGUUGAUUGUCGUAAGCGAAGGGGAAGGAGAGGAAGGGGGGGUGUUGAUUGGGAUUGUUACUUUGAGUGACAUUAUGAGUUAUAUCAUGGGGGCGCAAGGGGGUGUGGAGAAGGAGAAGGAGAGGAAGGAGGGUGAGGGGGGGAAGUCAUAG